GACACGAAGGCGGAGAUGGAGCAGUUCAGAGGCCAACCGCGGCUUCCGAAAUUCGCCGUGCCAAAGCGAUACUCCAUACGGCUGAAACCCGACCUCAUCGCUUGCAAAUUCGCCGGCUCCGUCGCCAUCGACCUCGAUAUCGUCUCCGAUACUCGAUUCAUCGCCCUCAACGCUACCGAGCUCGCCGUCGAUGCCGUUUCCGUCUCUUUCACUCACUCUUCCAAGGUCUUUAAGCCUUCAAAAGUUGAGAUAUUCAACGAAGACGGGGUUUUGGUUUUGGAGUUUGGAGAGACACUUCCGAUUGGUUUGGGAGUUUUGGCUAUUGGGUUUGAAGGUAUUUUGAAUGACAAGAUUAAGGGAUUUUUUAGAAGUACAUAUGAGCAUAACAGUGAGAAGAAAAAUAUGGCAGUUACGCAGUUUCAACCAGUUGAUGCCAGGCGGUGCUUUCCAUGUUGGGAUGAACCUGCUUGGAAGGCUACAUUCAAGAUUAUAUUGGAUGAUGUUCCGUCCGAAUUAGUAGCUCUUUCCAACAUGCCGGUUGUAGAAGAAAAAGUGGAUGGACAUAUGAAGACAGUUACAUAUCAAGAAUCACCAAUCAUGUCUACAUAUUUGGUGGCCAUAGUUGUUGGGUUGUUUGAUUAUAUUGAAGAUCAUACUUCUGAUGGGGUCAUAGUGCAGGUAUAUUGUCAAGUUGGCAGGGCAGACCAAGGGAAGUUUGCUUUGGACCUUGCUGUCAGGACUCUUGAAUUUUACAAAGAUUAUUUUUCUAUGCCAUACUCUUUGCCCAAAUUGGAUAUGGUUGCAAUUCCUGAUUUUCAUGGGGCCAUGGAGAAUUAUGGUUUAGUUACGUACCAAGAAUCAGCUUUGCUCUUUGAUGAACAAAAUUCUGCAGCUGCCAACAAGCAAAUGGUUUCAACUGCUGUGACACAUGAAUUGGCACACCAGUGGUUUGGCAAUCUUGUAACGAUGGAAUGGUGGACACACUUAUGGCUGAACGAGGGAUUUGCAACAUGGGUGAGCUAUUUAGUUACUGAUAGCUUGUUCCCAGAGUGGAAAGUAUGGACUCAGUUUGUUGAUGAAAGUGCUAGGGGUCUUAAGCUGGAUGGGCUUGAAGAAUCUCACCCCAUCGAGGUAGAGAUCAAUCAUGCUGCUGAGGUUGAUGAAAUAUUUGAUUCAAUAAGUUAUAGAAAAGGAGCUUCUAUUAUUCGGAUGCUACAAAGCUAUCUUGGUGCGGAAUACUUCCAGAAGUCACUUGCUUCAUACAUAAGAAAGCAUGCUUCCUCAAAUACAAUCACAGAAGAUUUAUGGGCUGCCCUUGAGGAGAUAUCUGGUGAACCUGUGAACAAGCUAAUGAAUUCAUGGACUCAGCAAAUGGGUUACCCUGUUAUUUCUGUCAAAGUGAAAGAUCAGAAAUUGCAAUUUGACCAGACACAAUUCUACUUGAGUGGUUCCCAAGGUGAUGGGCAAUGGAUUGUGCCGAUAACAUUAUGCUGUGGCUCAUAUGAUGUGCACAAGAGUUUCCUACUACGAAACAAGUCCGAAAGUCUCGACCUAAAAGAAUUUCUGGGCUGCUUCCUAGCAGAGAAUGGAUGUAGAAGUGCAAGCAAUAAAAACAAUGCCUUAUACAGUUGGAUCAAAGUCAACUUGGAUCAGACUGGUUUUUACAGGGUGAUGUAUUCAGAUGAACUUUUAGCUGCACUUAGAAAUGUUAUAGAAAAGAAAGACUUGUCUGCAACCGACAGAUACGGAAUCUUGGAUGAUUCAUUUGCCCUUUCUAUGGCUCGCCAGCAGUCUUUUGCUUCAUUGCUUACGUUGUUGGGUGCUUACAGAGAGGAACUUGACUAUACAGUGCUGUCAAAUUUGAUUGCCAUAUGUUAUAAGCUGGCAAGAAUUGCGGCUGAUGCUGUACCCGAGCUACUGAAUCUCAUAAAACAAUCGUUUAUUAGCCUUUUCCAGUACUCUGCAGAAAAGCUUGGUUGGGAGCCUAAACCUGGUGAGAGCCAUUUAGAUUCAAUGCUAAGAGGAGAAAUUUUAACUGCCCUUGCUGUGUUUGGACAUGACCCAACAAUUAAUGAAGCAAGUAGACGUUUUCGUGAAUUCUUGGAUAACCGAAAUACGCCAGUCCUUCCUCCCGACAUAAGAAAGGCAGUGUAUGUGGCGGUAAUGCAAAGAGUAAGCAUGUGUAACAGAUGGGGCUACGAAUCUCUUCUUAGAGUUUACAGAGAGGCUGAUCUAAGCGAGGAGAAAAACCGCAUUAUAAAAUCAUUAGCAUCUUGUCCAGAUCCGAGCAUAGUACUGGAAGUUCUCAACCUUUUAUUGUCUUCUGAGGUCCGCCUUCAGGAUGCUGCCCGUGGGCUAUCUUCUGUUAGUAGUGAAGGACGGGAAACAGCUUUGACGUGGUUGAAGGAUAACUGGGAGCACAUCUCUAAGACCUGGGGUUCUGGAUUUGUAAUUGCCAGCCUUGUUCGUGCAGUUGUUUCACCGUUGGCUUCAUUUGAAAAGGUCAAGGAAGUAGAUGAGUUCUUUAAGGUUCAUCCCACCCCCUCGAUAACCAGAACCUUGAAGCAGAGCAUGGAGCAUGUGCAGAUUAACGCCAAUUGGGUUCAGAGUAUUCAGGUUGAGACAGAUCUUGCCGAUGUUUUGAACGUGUUGGCAUACAGGAAAGACUAGCUAGCCUUAUAAUCAUGCUGGAAGCAUUCAUGGAAUGCAAUUCUUUGCCUUCUGGUUC